ACAAUUUCGAGGAUAUAUGCUCUCAAAAUGAAGAUUUCCAGACCUUUAUUGCAAAGUUAAUAAUUUUUCAGAACGGACACAAACAACUGCAAAAUUUGCCGAUCUAUUGUCAAUAUUUUCAUAAUUUCGCACCCAAUCCCAAAGAAAAUUUGGUCUCUGGGUAAAUUUAUGUUCCUCUUUCCAUUGGUGAUAUCAGAUUUUUUUGAUAUAGCGAAGUUGGGUCACGCGCAAACUAUAUAGUCACACCACCAUACAUAAAUCCUAUUUGGUGGGGUAAGUUAAGCCAAAGCCUUUUGUGCGUUUAUGGUCUAGGCAAUUUUAGAUUUCAUCAUUCCAAUACAAAUGAUUACAAGUGAAAGAUAUAGGACAAUGAUUUGUUUUCUUGUUUUUUUUCUUGACAGGAACGUGGGUCAACAGAUUCAUGGAUCAUGGGUGACACACACCACCAUCAAGGUGACUCUGCGUGCUGUGCUAAACCCUCCCCUACACCCUCCCUAACACAAACCCUGGACGAGCUGGACUGGGAGAGAGGCAUCUGGAAUGCUGCCCUCAGUGGUGACCUAGCAGGUGUUCAGAAGUUACUCUCUUCAGGAUGCGACGUUAAUACUGUGGAUAAAUCAGGGUACACUGCUCUGCAUUACGCUUGCCGCAACGGACACAGGGACAUUGUUUCCACAUUACUCCAGCAUGGAGCCAAUCCCAAUGUUCUAACCCGAUCAGGGCGUGCAAGUCCUCUACACAGAGCAGCAUAUGGCGGCCAUCUUGAAAUUGUAUCUCAACUCCUCCUUGCCAAAGCUGAUGCUGGUCUGGUAGACAGCGAUGCUAAGACAGCUCUACAUAAGGCUGCAGAACGAGGCCAUGUAGACAUCUGCAAGGUCCUGGUCCAAGCCCAGCCUAGUCUGAAGACUGCGGAAGACAACAGAGGACAGACACCACUAGACUGUGUGAAGGACAACUUUGAUCCAAGACUGAGGCAACUCUUAUCAUGACAGUCGGUCCUCAUUAAUUAAUUGUAUUACAGGUUAUAUGUAAGCUAUAGCUUAUUUUAUGUAUGUAUGAUUCUAUUGGAAAAGUAAGUACUUUUAUAUAUGGAAUAUGUUUUGCAUUUGGGGAAUAUAGAUUAAGCCCAAAUGAAAUUGAGGUGCAAUAACUCAGUUGAAAUAAUAACAAAAUAUUGUAAAAGCUGUUAUUUUGGGGGUUGUACGUACGUACGUAUGUAUGUCCCGUUCUCGUGAUCGCGUUA